AUGAAUAAACUUUGUCCUUGGACACAGCCUCCCCCAGAAUUUGUUGGCGAGUGGUGGGAUGGAACAAAAGUUCGAAUGCACAUUUGGAAAGAUGGAAGUGUGAAUUACACAGUUGACGGUAUUAUUCGCAGAACUUAUCAGACCGAUUGGUCUUAUUAUGACAGAAGUGGCUUUUGUGCUCCUGGAAAGUGUUGUCUUCCUAUGAUUGGUACUUAUGACGGUCGAAUUCCGGAUAGACCAGCAUUUAUUUUCAAGGGUUCUGUGUUAACCAAGCAGCCAGAACCUCGCCGUGGAGCAUUGCUCUCAGAAACGGUAAAACCCGCCGAAUAG